AGAAGUAACCCCAAGGCUGCAUCUAAUCAAGUAGUGAGAAAAAAAAUGUUACAUUAGAUAUUUUUUUUAUUUGUUUAAGCAUAACCAUAACCUAAAAGCUACUUUAAGUUGAAUUGUCGAAGGUAAUUUACGACCAAAUACUCCAGCUUGUACUUUUUCAAUAUUUUUGAUGCAGUCAACAUGAAUAUUUUUACCAAAUUUAUACUUGAACCGGCAAAGAUGAUAGUCCCCAUACAAUUGCAAAGUGUAAGGUUCAGAUAUCAUGCAGACAAGCUUGCAAAAGGGAAAUUGAUUAGGCGGUUUGGUUAUGAAGAAAAAAUGUUGGAAAGAGGCACCAUACCUCAUGUUGAUGGGUCGAGACUUCCACACCCUAUUUACAGACCAAAAGAUAUGUGGAAUGAACGGAGAGCACUUUUUGGCCAAAAUGACUAUAUUGAUAUCCUGGGCAAUGACAGCCUUCAUCCAACAAAAAUUUUGUAUGAUGUUCCUGUCUGGUUGAGAGGUUUCAGGGGGAAUGAAUAUCAACAUUGUCUUCGAAAGAAAAAUAUGCUUCGACAUGGAUGUGAAAAUUAUGAAAAGCCAUUAAAAUGGCACAAUCUCAACAAGAGGAUAAGAUUCUUAUACAGAUUCUUGAAUAAAAAAACCAAAACUGGAUUUACCAAUAAAGCAAGUGGUUAAUUGUUGUAUAGCAUAGAAAUUUAGUUUCAAUAAAUGUAUAUUAUUUC